AUGGUUCUCACUACCAUUUACUGGAACCUUGGCUCUUCAGAUCACUCUUCCCCGUCGACCUCUUUCGUCCGUUACCCCGUCAGUGCCAUCACAGGAGUCCCGUAUUCGUCUUUCUCUCCCAGCACUUCCGAGCUCCUCCAGACCAGAUCCCUCUCCCAGUGGCUGUCAUUUAUCAGAGAUGUCGGCUUCUACGAGGAUAGGCACAAUCCAUUCCAGAGCUUGAAAGACAACAAAGCUCGCAUGCAACAAUUUGAAGUCCAUGCUAUCGAUGCUCGCCUGCGAUCUUGGGCUCCAAAAGUCCAUAAUUGGUGUCCAAAUACCAACGAAUGCUACAGCGUCAGUUUCAAACCUUGCAUGGUACGGUAUCUGGAUGAGCACGCAUCUUGGGCGGGCAUAGACGAUCUAACAGAUCCAACAAAAGUUAAAGAUAUGUCUAAAAGACCAAACACUGGUCUGGGUACCUCUAACAGCCUGCCACAAAAUACCAUUACUGAAGGCCGAAUACGGCAAAACAUGAAUGCCUGGGGAACUCUAUGA